AUGGCUAACAUCAAUCUUUUGACAUUUACCGGACUCCUCAUUUCCACUGCCACUGCUGCACCAUGGGGUAGGCGAUUUGAUCACAACGAAACAAAUACGAAUGGUACAAGCGGAAUGGUAUAUGACUACGCUGAUAUCACCCCAUCGGCACAAUUGGAAUGGGUGCCUUGCUAUGACAGCUACAAGUGUGCACUUCUCGAAGUUCCCCUGGACUAUGCGAACCCAGAGGCCGGGACCACUACCAUUCCCUGGAUUCGACAAGACGUAGUCAACGGCACGGGCCAAGACAUCAUCAUGAAUCCUGGAGGCCCAAGCGUAUCUGGCGUGGGCUUCGUGGUGAACGGUGGCGGCGACGACAUGAUCGAAUAUCUCGGUGGUAAAUACAACCUCGUGAGCUUCGACCCGCGAGGUGUAAACAACAGCGGUAUCAGCGUCACUUGCUAUCCCGGCGGCCCUGAAGCCCGCGACAACCACAGGAAGCCUGGUUCUACCACUCCACUUACCGAACAGUGGCAAGGUGCGGUAGCAACAGGGCAGUUCUGUACCUCGGCAAACGAAGAUACAGAGGCCAAAUACGUGGGAACUUAUGCCGUUGUCGAGGAUAUGAUGCACUUUACAGAACUUCAGGCUGGAUUAAACGGCCAAAAUCCUGAAGAGGCGCUCAUAUGGUACUACGGAAUUAGUUACGGAACAGUCAUCGGCCAGACUCUGGCGACACUAUAUCCGGAGCGACUUGGUCGGGUUCUCCUCGACGGGAAUGUCUAUGGAGUUCAGCAUUACGAAGGGAUUGUACCUACUGCCCCCGAGGAUGCCGAUAAUGGGAUGGCAUGGUUUUUCCAGCUUUGUUUCGAAGCGGGCCCUUCCAAGUGCGAGUUCGCUGGCAAUUCGUCUUCACCCAGCGGCAUCGAGCAUCGCUUCCGAAGCAUUAUUGAGAAGAUCGAGGUGGAGCCGCUCAUCAUACCUGGCGAGCCCGAAGGCUUUCCGAGUAUCGUCACUAAACCAGACGUCACAGGCAUGAUUUACAACGCACUGUAUAGCCCUAUGACGGGAUUCCAAACCAUCGCUACUGUCGCCAACGCAAUUGAGCAAGGAAACACCACGCUUUUAGCACAAAUCGCUGCCGGUGCAGCUGGCUCAAACGCAGAUUACGACAAUUCUGCGAGUCAAGAAGCCCUUACCAUAAUCACAAACGUCGAUUCUGCUGGAAGGUAUCCUCUCAAGAAUGCGAGCGACUUCAUCAAUGCUAUCGAGGACCUGAGAAGGGAGAGCUAUUACGGUGCCGAUGCGAUCGGUCUCAGCAAUUUCCUCAUCAAUGCGGGAAUGAACAUUCAACCUCCAGAGAGCCAGUACUUCAAAGGCUUCGAGCACACUCAGACCAGCGUCCCUCUUCUGUUCGUUGGCACUACCGGAGACCCUGUUACUCCUCUCUCCAGCGCCUUCAAGAUGUCUGCGUACUUCGAAGGGUCUGUGGUUUUGACACAGGAUACACCUGGCCAUUCGUACUCGACUAUUCCGUCGCAGUGCACGAACGGUCAUGUGCAGGCAUAUCUCGAAGACGGAACGCUACCAGGAGCUGGAACAGUCUGUAAAGGUGACAAGAAGCCGCUCGUAGAUCGGGAGACAUUGCCGGUUGGCAAGCGCUCAUACCGAUUCAAAUGA